GCCACAUUGCAGGUCCUUUUCAAUUAGCGAAUCAACUAACAUUAGAGGAUGACCCAUUAUUAUAUGUAUUUGACAAUACAGAAAGCGAUGACUUGUCUGAUGAUGAUCAGGGCGAAGACAACUACACGAUCAAUUUAAAAGAAUUUAAUCCUACGACAUCAUUAGAGCACGAACUAUUAAAGCAUCUGAGAAUAACUGAACAACGACUUCAUGACACGGAAGCUCAAUUAUGCAGGGUUACUAACCAAGCCGUGGAAUAUCGCGAACUGUUCAGACAACAAUUCGUUGAUACUGUUGACCAUACACCAAAUUUCGAAGAAAUGUUUGCCGAUGCUGACACAUAA